CGCAGCUACCAUGUGGAUGCCCUUUACUCUGAGUUGUCUGCUUCUCGCCUUCGCUGUGGACUGGACGCCAGCACUGAAGAUUGCACCGUGUACCAAUUCAGCUUAUCCGGAUUGCUUUGCUUACUGCAAGUACAAUUGCCAGGAGCGUGGCAGAAGUUGUCUCUAUCAUUGCGAGAAUGGCUGCGGCUGCGAUGAAUCGAGUAUGAUAAUGCGAAAUAACGGAGGUUGCUAUCAGCUGAUGCAGUGUUUGUUCGAAGAAGACUCCGCGGAGGAAACGAGUCCGAUGCCGGAACGCGAGAAGCCAAAAAUUGUGGAGAAGCAAAAUCUGAAUGGGGAUAAGCGACUAAGGUUUCUGCCUUGGAUUAAAGAUAUCAUUAAUGCUGCUAUUCAAUCUGCUACACCUCAUCCUUACUUAUAAACAACAUUAGAUAAUAUGCAGUUGAAAAAUUAACAAAUUAGAAAGAAAUCGUUUUUUCCCCAUACAAAGAUUUUCUUAAACAACUUCUACAAUUUUUAUGUGC